AUGAUAGACGAAUUAUUUAAUCGAUUACGAACACAAUUUAUCACUGGUAGUAUUAUUGAAGGUCAAGUGUAUAAUAAAUAUCAAUGUGAUGAUAUACCAGACAUUGAUUUGAUGAUAAAUUAUCGUGCGAUUAAUUCACAAGAUGAAUUACUGCCAACAUCAUCCAUUCCCGGUUAUGUUUAUGUCAAAUGGAAUUCAACAACACUUGGAACGCUUCCAUAUGAAAUACAUCCACAACAAAAUAUUCGUUGUAUAAACGGUUUCGAGUUAAAAAGUGGACACAUAUAUGCUUCUACAUCAGAUCCACUACAAUAUCAAACAUCAACGGAUGUUGAUAGUGCUAGUGUUCGGGUAACUACAAAUUUGCGUGAUCUUACAGUAAUAGCAAAAGAAUUUGAUGUAGUAUUACGACGUGCUGAAUCAUUUCAACGAGAUCACACUCAAAAAGGUAAAGAAUUUUUAAUAUUAUUUACAAAUGUAUUAAACAUUUUCAGUUAUAUUAGACCUUCUAUGCUAAUGUCAGUACCUGAGGCGGAUUCAUUUUUAAAUGUGGAAGUAAUUGAAAAUAUGCUACAUUUAUGCUCACCAGCAUUUGGUUAUCAAUUAUCAGAUGACAACAAAAGCAAAUCAGAAGCACUUAUCAAUUAUUAUUUAAAAUAUAAACAUACAAUUGAUAAAAAAAUAUCAAUUCAAAAUGCUAACGCCGGAUUCCAAAUUUUUCACAAUGAUCUUGAUUAUGUACCUUCAUUGAAACUUAAUUUUUGA